CUACUAUGUAUAUCACGUGAGAUUAGAACACGUGGGAUUGCUAGGAUAGCGCGUGAAACACAAUCUCCCUAGAAACGCGUAGACUUGAAUUUAUAAAAUCAAACAGCCUAUUGCCGGUCCCUUCCAGACGCGCCCAUAAGCUCAGAAAGAAAAGAACGAAAGAACGAAAGAAAUCAAUCCCACCGUAGUAUUUUCUGUUCUAUCCAUCUCUUCUUGUUGCCGGCCGUUUUGGGUUUCCAAUUUUGGGAAUAAAAAAUAAAAAAGGAAAUUUCUCAGCGAUUUUCUCGAGAAUAUUUGCAGGCGCCGCGAAUUUCGAUCUCCGGCGAUGGAGCGGACCGUGGUAGCGCCGUCGUCGGCAGUCAUAGCGUACAGGCUCAAGGACGCCUCCGAUUGGUGGCAUGAACUUAAUGAUUCACCUGUUUGGCAGGAUCGGAUAUUUCACGUCCUCGCUGGACUCUAUGGCAUAGUCGCCGUCGUUGCUCUGGUACAAUUGGUUCGAAUACAAUUGAGAGUGCCUGAGUAUGGUUGGACCACUCAGAAGGUCUUCCAUUUUUUAAAUUUCUUGGUGAAUGGAGUUCGAGCUUUUGUUUUCGUAUUCCGUCGAGAUGUUCAGAAAUUGCAACCAAAGAUUCUCCAACAUGUGUUGCUCGAUAUGCCUAGUCUUGCAUUCUUCACAACUUACGCCCUCUUGGUUCUGUUCUGGGCAGAGAUAUACUAUCAGGCACGUGCUAUAUCUACUGAUGGGCUCAGGCCGAGUUUCUUCAUAAUUAAUGCUGUGGUGUAUGCCAUUCAGAUUGUUAUGUGGUUGAUUUUAUGGUGGAAGCCUAUCCCAAUUUUGAUCAUCCUGUCCAAGAUUUUCUUUGCAGGUGUAUCUUUGUUUGCAGCCCUGGGCUUUCUUCUCUAUGGAGGAAGGCUCUUCUUAAUGUUGCAGCGGUUCCCUGUAGAAUCAAAAGGGAGACGUAAGAAGCUACAAGAGGUUGGCUAUGUGACAACGAUAUGUUUUUCAUGUUUCCUUGUUAGAUGCAUCAUGAUGUGCCUUAAUGCAUUUGAUAAAGCUGCAAACCUUGAUGUGUUGGAUCAUCCGGUUCUAAACUUCAUAUAUUACCUGUUGGUGGAGAUACUACCUUCAUCUCUCGUCCUAUUCAUUCUGAGGAAGUUGCCUCCGAAGCGUGGGGUUACACAGUAUCAUCCUAUUCGCUGACAUGAUUGGAGAUGUUAUCCAAUGGAGAGGAAACCUCUGAGAGUGGAUGAUUUUGCUUUUGUGAUGCUUCUUGUCUACUACCCCUAAAGAGAAUGGAAGGGAAGAAGUAUGGAGUCAUGCGAUAAUCUCAGGGACUGAGAAAUGUAAGUUUGUUCUCACUAAUAGAUCGUAGAUUUGUUAGGAAAAAAGGGUCUUUCAGGCGUUGUGAAAUAUGUUGCUUAGUGUAUGUAAUGGAACUUUAUUCGUAUGUCUUGGAUCUUAAUAUACUGGUGCUUUCUUUUGGUGUAAGUCUUGUCACAGAAACAUGAGAGACAUUAUUCUACUGAAUGAAAGGAGUGUGGUAAGACACAAUUCUUUUAACUAAUUUCUCUUGUAAUGUGGUAAUUUGUGCCACCAUCAAACUGCGGUACAUAGCUCCCCACAUUAUAAUAGAAAAACAAUUGAUUCUCCACAAUCAUUGGUAUGAAUAUAUAUAUUUAAUAGGGUAUAAUUUGUGGUUUAUUUAUGCAAUUUGUUGGAUUUUUUA